GGACUGAGAGGAUUCCAGCGCUGGUGCUGCCUGCUGAAGCUCGGUGCGUCUGGCUCGCGGCACCCGCGGUCCAUCUCUCGCAGCCCGAGUCCUGGGGGAGCCCCAGAAUCCAGAUUGGGGAUCUCAGUCCCCCGUGCGCAGCGGAGAUCGCCCCGGCGUUUCUGAGAUGCCCGGGAGAAAGGCGCGUCGGAACGCGCCAGUGAACCCAACGCGGGCAGAGCUACCGCCUGAAAUCGCAGCUCAACUCAGGAAGAUUGGAGACAACGUGUAUUGCAUGUGGAGUGCACCGGUCAUAACUGCGGUUCUGGCGCAGAUGCCUGGCAAGAAGUCGCGAAAGAGCACAAUGAGGAGCCCGAGCCCGAGCCCAACCCGGGUGUCAGCAGACCUGAAGGACGAGUGUGCUCAACUCCGGAGAAUUGGAGACAAGCUGAAUUUCCGGCAGAAACUUCUGAAUUUUAUUUCCAAGCUCUUCAAUUUAGUAACCUGAGUUCUUCAGAAAGCUUUUCCGAAAAGGGAUCUCCUGGGAAGGAAGUUCCCCCUGGUUGAUGCAAAUGUCUGGUAUUGGAUGGACUGUGAUGUGAUGUGGGAAAUGCUCGCUUGCUUUUGGUUCUCCGAGCAGGGAUGAUGGAGGCGGAAAUGAGUUUCUUUGGGAAAGUUUUCAGAAAUUGCUCUUUGAGAUGUGAUAACGUGAAACCGUGCUUAUUUUUAUUUUUAUUUUAAAAACAAGACUAGAGGAGUUGUGGAGGUCGGGAAGUAACUAGUAAUAAUCUGUCUUUUUAGAGUUGGUCUGGUGUUUUUGCCAAAGGUUGUUGUCAAGAGUAAUAGAAGAGGGGACAUGGUGAGUGGUUACAUUGUAUGGGGACAGUCAUUCAGGAUUGCUUUUUUGACAACUCCAGUCAAUGUACUAUUUAGUGCCAUCCUCAUCUUCUAAGGGGAAGCAUUUCAUUUUUGAUAACACUGAAUGUUCUAGUGAAAAUUGAUUUCAUAGGUCACUACAAACUUAACUGUAUUGUGUCUGUUUAGAUGACUUUUAAGUGUGUUACUGUAACCAUUAACCUGAGAGUAUGGGGAGACUACAAAGUAACUAGGGGAAAUUAGAAGUAAUAACAAGGUCAGUGGGUGCCAGUCAAACUCUUGCAGAUUGAAUAGAAUGUGAUAAAAAGAGAGUUUGGAUUUUAUAUAGCCCAAGAAAAGUUUAAAAACAAACUUUUAAAAGUUGACAUAAUUAAAACUUAGUAGAAGAUUUAUGAGAAGUUUCUAAAAUUUUGUAACAGGUAUUUCUUAGAGUCCCCCCACCCCCGCUCCCCUGCUCUUUUGUUUUUGUUUUUGGAGACAGGGUUCUUUUCCUCUGUGUAGCCCUGGUUAUCCUGGAACUCCCUCUGUAGACCAGGCUGGCCUCGAACUUCACUCGCCUUUGCCUCCCAGGUGCUGGGAUUAAAGGCAAGUGCUAGCAUCACUGGGUUGAGAGUUUCAUUUUUAAUUUGAUCUAUAAAUGUGAAACUCAGAUUGCUCAGUAGCAAAUCGGUCAUGGUUAACAGAGGCAGGAGACUUGAGUAGACAUUCCCGAAAGACAGGUGAUCAACAGAUACAUGAUUCAGAGACGUGUCACUGAAAAUCAUCAGGAGAUGGUCUUAUACUCUCCUGAUUUGCCUGUUACUGGAAUCGAAAGCUAACAAACAGAGUAAGGACUUUUUGUAUAUUUUUGUUAGUACCGUAAGGUGGGACUGUUAUUUUGUAAAAACAGCCUUGAGACUCCUUUAAUAGUUAAAAAAUAAACCACCUUAAAACCCUGCUGUCCCACUACUGAGAAAGUAUGAAAAAGUGUUGAUCUGUUGAAGGGAUGUUUGUACUUCUGUAUUUUUUUUUUUUAUCUGUAUCUGCCAAGACAUGAAAACAACCAAUCAAGGAAUGAAAGGAUUUUAAAAGUAAGAACAGAAAGAGUUGAGCUUUAAAAGGCAGGAAAUGGUAUUUGUGGAAACAUAGAUGUUAUGUAUCCCAGGUGCCUUUCUUGUCAUUUAUAUUUUGACAGAAGUCAAAGUGAACCAGUAGGAAGGAAGAAGAUGAGGGGGAGGGGGAGGAGAUGAGAAAAGGGCCAAUCAGUUUUAGGGUGAAAACUGGAAUUAAGUUCUGUUCUUUGACACCUCAAGGCGACUACAACUGAUGUAUAUUUGACAACAACUGAACGGAUGUUGCCUGUUCUCAUCAUAAGGACUUGAUACCUACCAGAAGUGAUGGGAUGUACUAAUAAUUGUGUGAUCUUUCUCUGGGGUAUCCAUGUGUUGAAACUAAGCCCAUAAACAUGUUUAAUUUGUCAGUUGACUAAAACUAAAAACUGUCCCCCGCAAAAAAAAAAAAAAAAAAAAAAAAAAAAUUGAGAAAGAAUCUCACGAUUAAGUUUUACCAGGAAUAAUAUUUAUUUUACCUAUUUAUAAUUUAAAUAUUUUGUUUACUUUAAGCAUGUGUAUCCGUUUCAUUUUGUUUUGAGACAAGGGUCUCGAGACCAUAGGAAGGCUGUCAUGUGGCUAGUCACUUUGGAUAAAGUUACCUCAGUAGUUAGUGGGCCUCAGCAUUAAGGUUGUUUACUUUGAAGUUUUUUUUUUCCCUGAAGGUGGACAUCUUGCCCAAUGGGUAUUUAUGGUCUGUGACUGUAUUUAUAUAUAUGCUUCUGAAGACUGAUACUGUAGCCUCAACUAUUAAAUAAAGGUUGAUACUGAAACAACUAUUGAAAAAUGCCA